AUGAGGUUCUCUAACAUAAGUGUUGAACAAGUUAGGUUUUUUGAUAAAGCAGCGGUUGAGUGUCAAUCCGACAGCAUCCACGACGGUGAAGUGUACCCUUGGAGACUCUGUUCGUUAACACAAGUCGAAGAGCUCAAGUGCAUAAUCACUCUUCUUCCAUUUUGGGCCUCAGGGAUAGUCUUUGCCACAGUGUACAGCCAACUUAACACAUUGUUCGUUUUACAAGGAAACACAAUGGACCAACACAUGGGGAAACACUUCGUAAUCCCAUCAGAAUCACUCUCGCAUUUCACCACGGUCAGUGUACUCUUCUGGACCCCUGUCUACGACAAGUUCAUUGUCCCGUUCGCAAGAAAGUUCACACAUCAAGAACGUGGCUUCACUCAGCUUCAACGUAUGGGAAUAGGUCUCGUGAUCUCGAUCACUGCAGGGGUCUUGGAGGUCGUAAGGCUCGACUACGUCAAAACUCACAACGCAUAUGACGAGAAAAAGAUUCCCAUGUCGAUUUUCUGGCAGAUACCUCAGUAUUUACUUGUUGGGUGGGUAGAGGUUUUCACUUUUAUAGGUCAGCUUGAGUUUUUCUAUGACCAAGCGCCUGAUGCAAUGAUAAGUCUCUGCUCGGCUUUGUCUUUGACCACUGAAGCGCUUGGGAACUACUUGAGCACGGUUCUUGUUACGGUUGUGAUGAAAAUGACUAAGAAGAAGGGUAAACCAAGUUGGAUACCGGAUAAAUUGAACCGGGGACAUCUGGAUUGCUUUUUCUUUCUGUUUGCAGCUCUUAGUUUACUCAACUUCUUGGUGUACCUGUGGAUUUCUAAACGCUACAAGUACAAGACAGCUACAUGUCGAGCACAUUCAUGA